AUGAACGACGAUAAUAAUAGCAGCCCAGAUUUUGUGAACAGGUGGAUAUGGGGUGAGUCGGAUCCUCGGUACGUAUCAGAUUUAGACAUUAAUUGGCAUGACAUUUUAAGAGCAUUGGAGCAGUUACCUGAAGAUAAUAAGAUUCGACGAGUCGGACUUCUCAAUUUUGAUGAGAGAGAAAUCCAUCAAUGGAAACAGCUUAUUCCCACGGCUAAUCACGAGGUUCUGCACCUGGAUUAUGCCCAGAAAAACAUUACUUGGGAGUCCUUGUAUCCUGAAUGGAUUGAUGAAGAACAAGACGAUGUAGUUCCUAGUUGCCCUCGUCUAUCUAAACUUGAAGUCCCAAGACAGCGCCCUGAUCUUGUUUCUGUUAAACUCCCUUGUCAUAAUAAAGUAAAUUGGUCGAAAGAUAUUGCUCGACUACACUUGCAGAUAUCAGCUGCUGGUUUAGCUGCCUCUUGCAAAGGCAGUUACCCUGUGCAUCUGCUUUUGAUUACAAAGUGCCCACCGAUACCAAAUUUGUUCACAUGCAAGGAUCGAGUUGCUCGUGUAGGUAACGUGUGGUUAUAUAAACCGAACUUGGAUGCACUUAGAAAAAAGCUUCAGCUCCCAAUAGGAUCAUGUGAACUUGCACUUCCCCUUGGAGCCAAAGAACAGGAUUACACCAGAAAAAGGCAAAGAGAGGCUUACGCUACCGUCCUGCACUCGGCCAAUGUCUAUGUGUGUGGAGCCAUAGCUGCAGCCCAGAGCAUCCGCAUGGCUGGAUCCACCCGGGACCUCCUUAUCCUUGUGGAUGAUACAAUCAGUGAUUAUCACAAAAGUGGACUCGAAUUAGCAGGUUGGAAAAUCAGAACAAUACAAAGAAUCAGAAAUCCUAAGGCCGAAAAAGAUGCCUACAACGAAUGGAACUACAGCAAGUUCAGAUUAUGGCAACUUACAGAUUAUGACAAAAUAAUCUUCAUUGAUUCCGAUCUGCUUAUUCUCAAAAACAUCGAUUUCUUGUUUUCGAUGCCGGAAAUCUCUGCAACGGGGAACCAUGGAACACUUUUCAAUUCUGGAGUAAUGGUGAUUGAGCCAUCGAAUUGCACAUUCCAGUUUUUGAUGGAUCAUAUAAAUGAAAUUGAAUCAUAUAAUGGUGGAGAUCAGGGAUACCUUAAUGAGAUUUUCACAUGGUGGCAUCGAUUUCCGAGGUAUAUGAAUUUCUUGAAGAAUUUUUGGGUUGGGGACGAUGAAGAAGUGAAGCAGAAGAAAAUUCGGCUUUUCACAGCAGAACCGCCGGUUCUUUACGUUCUUCACUAUUUGGGUAACAAGCCAUGGAUGUGCUUUCGGGACUACGACUGCAACUGGAACACAGAUUUCCUACAAGAAUUCGCAAGCGACAUAGCCCACAAAAAGUGGUGGAAACUCCACGACUCCAUGCCGGAAACACUCAAACAGUUUUGUCUAUUGCGCUCGAAACAAAAGGCUCAAUUGGAAUGGGACAGAAGGCAGGCUCAAAAGGCAAACUAUUCUGAUGGGCAUUGGAGAAUCGAAAUAAAAGAUGAACGCAUUGACAAGUGCAUUGAUCCACCGCAUAAUUGCCACUGGCAAGGCAUGUUGAAUCAUUGGGGGGAGACGCAAUCGACAAACAGUGCAAUGCCUAUUCCCACUCCACCUGCAAUAAAUAUAAGCUCUUUGGGUUUAUGA